AAAUUUUCAAAUUUCAAAUUUCAAAAUUUCAAAAUUCAAAAUUCAAAAUCAUCCCCUCUCCUUCAUCUUUUUCUCCAUUUCAAACCAUUCUUUCUUGGUCGCCUUCAUCGUCGGAAUCCCAUAGCUCCAACUCCGGUCGUCUCUAUCUCGGCAGACCCAACCACCUUGCUUGAUCUGUUGCUCGGUCGUCUCCUCGAUCUGUUGCUCCUUGGAAUGAAAAGCCACAGCUCUGUUCGAUCCCAACCACAGUUAUGUUCUUCUCGGUCUGUUUGAAUGGAAUCCGAGUUAGUGAGUUGUUUGGUCCAGUAGCUUUAGGGACCCCUUCAAUCGAUCUCGGUGGUUCAUUCUCUACUCAAGGUGAAUACGAAUACCUAGAUGUAAUCGUUGAAGGCGGAGAUAGGGUGUUGAUUGAUAUAGAUUUUAGAUCGGAGUUCAAGAUAGCUCAGCCGACCGGAAAUUACAAACUAAAACCAAACGAAUCUUUGAAGAAGUCUACAAAAAGGCAGAAAUGAAGAAAAUACAGAAGGGUCAUGGAAAGAAGCUACGAAAGAGAAGGCAACCAACACGAUGUAGCAUUUUUUCUGUACAUAAAAUUUUGUACACAAAUUUUUGGAGUUCCCUGGAUGGCAACCAACACCAACCUCUCUUCUUUCUUUCUUUCUUCUUUCCAACUUUCAAUAACAACAAUAACAAUCCAAAAAACAGUUGUAAUCAUCAAACAUAUUAAAGUUUUUCACAUGUCUUUCUCACUUACCUGUUCAUAUAUAUGUAUUUUCUUUGUUUGUUUAAGAGAAUCUUAACAGCAAAAGAAGAGAGAGAAAGAUGGGGGAUGGAUUUCUUGAUCACUUUAAGAUGGAGAAGAAGAAGAGAGAAAAGAUGGAUUUCUUCAUCAAGAAACUGUAAGGUUUCAAGCGGGAGAUUUUGUGGAGGUUUCAAUUGAUCACGACGACGACGAAGAACCCGAUGCCGGAAAACCCAACCUCCGAUCAAGAUCCUUGAUUCUUGUAAAGAUAUGAU